AUGCAAGACACUGAUGCCAGGGGGAGCUCCCCUGCUUUCCUCCGGCCUCAGAACGGGAGCAGUCACAGGUCUUCGGGGUAUGUCCCGGGGAGAAUUGCCCCUCUCCGUCCCCCGCUGCCUUCACAGAGCCAUGCUGCAGCCGAAUUUACCUCUGCGAGACAAGAAGCCCGGACAAGACUCCCAUCCUUACCAGUGGAUCAGCACCGCCGCCAGGCAGAAGCCAACAGGCAUAAAAAUACUCUCAUUUGCUUUGCCAUUUCUAGCCUUUCACUUUUUGUUGCACUGGGGAUUUUUUUGGGAAUAGCUUCAAAAUAUGCUCCAGAUGAAAAUUGUCCCGAUCAGAAUCCUCGUCUUAAAAACUGGAGCCCUGGAAAAGAUCCUGAAAAGAGAGUUUUUAUCAAAAAAGGGGAUUUGUUUCGUCUGGACUCAGACGCUACAGUACACUCUAUAGUUAUACAGGAUGGAGGAUUACUUGUUUUUGGUGAUGAUAAAGAAGGUUCUAAAAAUAUUACCUUGAGAACUCGAUUUAUCCUGAUAAAGGAUGGUGGAAUGCUUCAUGUUGGAGCAGAGAAAUGCCGCUAUAAAUCCAAAGCAACUAUUAUUUUGUAUGGGAAGUCAAACGAAGGUGCUGAUGUGCCAGAAUUUGGCAAAAAAUUUAUUGGAGUGGGCCCUGAAGGAACGCUGGAGUUGCAUGGGCACCAGAAGUUAUCAUGGACUCUUCUGUCAAAGACUAUGUAUUUCUCAGGGCUGGCUUAUGGUCAUUAUACAUUUAAAAAGAAUUUUUCCCGAGGACUAAAUGUGAGAGUAAUCGAUCAGGACACAGCAGAGAUUUUGGAAGUGCUGAAGUUUGAUACUCAUGAAUUUUCAGAAGAAAGCUUGAAGCUCCAGAACUUACUGAAAAAUGGGAGUCCUGGUCGCAUUGUUGCUAUUGCUGUAGGAGAUUCAGCUGCUAAAAAUCUACUGGAGGAAACCAGAGUUACUAUUCAAAAUCUUCUGGGAAGUAAGUUUGUCAGAGGAUUGAGUUACAGGCAAGCCUGGGCUUUUGUUGGUGUCAUAGGUGGUGGAAAUUCUUCCUGUAAUGAAUCAGUGAGAAACUAUGAAAAUCACAGCACUGGUGGGAAAGCUCUUGCUCAGAAAGAGUUUUUCACAGUUGAUGGUCAGAAGUUUGUUGUGAGAGCUUACAGCGAAUGGAACGAUGGUGUCCCAAUAUCAGGCUUCCAGGUAGAAGCUGUAGGUGGAGUGAUACUGAAUCUUCUGGAUGAUGUUAGUAGUUGGGAGCCUGGUGACCGGAUUGUGGUUGCAAGCACAGACUAUUCAAUGUAUCAGACAGAGGAAUUUACCCUCCUUCCCUGCCCAGAGUGUACCAAGCAUCAGGUUAAAGUCAAAGAAAAUCCUCAGUUUCCUCAUGUAGGAGAAGUUAUUGAUGGAGUGGACAUGAGGGCAGAAGUUGGAGUUCUUACAAGGAACAUCUUAAUCAAGGGGGAGACAGAAAACAUGUGCUAUCAUGAAAAGGAGUGUCAAUUCUUCAAUUACGAUACCUUUGGUGGACAUAUCAAGAUUUUGAAGAAUUUUACAUCUGUUCAUCUCUCUUAUGUGGAAUUGAAGCAAAUGGGCCAGCAGCAGAUUGGAAGUUACCCUGUUCACUUUCACCUUUGUGGGGAUGUGGAUGAAAAAGGAGGUUAUAGUUUUAAGACUUACCUGGAAGGUCUUUCCAUUCAUCACUGUUUUUCCAGAUGUGUGACUGUUCAUGCAACUAAUGGCUUGCUGAUAAAGGACACCAUUGGCUAUGACACACUGGGUCACUGUUUCUUCACAGAAGAUGGCAUUGAGCAGAGGAAUACUUUGUUUCACAACCUUGGGCUAGUCACGAAACCAGGCACUCUUCUUCCUACAGAUAGAAACAGCAGCAUGUGUAUUGGUAUUAGGGAUAAAGUGUAUGGGAGUUAUGUCCCAGUGCCAGCCACAGACUGCAUGGCAGUUUCGACAUUCUGGAUUUCUCAUCCCAACAAUCAUCUUAUAAAUAAUGCAGCAGCAGGUUCACAGGAUGCUGGAAUAUGGUACUUGUUCCACAGGGUUGCUACAGGAGAUUCUCAUAGUUUAGCCAUUGAAACCAAGUCAGAGCUUACACCCCUAGGAAUCUUCUACAACAACAGGGUUCAUUCUAAUUUUAAGGCUGGUUUGUUCAUUGAUAAGGGUGUUAAAACAACUAAUGCUAGCAUUGAUGAUCCCAGAGAAUAUCUUUGUUUGGACAACAAUGCAAGGUUUCGACCUCAUCAAGAUGCAGACCCUGAAAAGCCGCGAGUUGCUGCCCUGAUUGACAGAUUAAUCUCUUUCAAAAACAAUGAUCAUGGUGCCUGGGUCAGGGGAGGGGAUAUCCUCAUUCAAAACUCUGGGUUUGCAGACAAUGGAAUAGGUUUGACAUUUGCUAGUGAUGGGAGCUUCCCAAAUGAUGAAGGUGCCAGCCAGGAGGUAUCUGAGUCACUGUUCAUAGGUGAGAGCAAGAAUUAUGGGUUUCCAGGGGGCCAAAAUAAAUAUGCAGGAACUGGAGGAAUAGACAACAAGACGCGCACUCUGCCUAGAAAUCGGACGUUUCCAAUCAGAGGCUUUCAAAUUUAUGAUGGACCUAUUCACCUUACCAAGUGUACAUUCAAAAACUUUGUGCCAACUCCAGACAGAUUUACCAGUGCAGUUGGAUUCUUGAUGAAAAAUCCAUGGCAGAUGACACCAAAAAACAACAUUUCUCUUGUGAAGUUUGGUCCAAAUGUUUCUUUGAAAGCCUUCUUUGGAAAACCUGGUCCCUGGUUUGAAGAAGGAGAUCUGGAUGGUGACAAGAACUCAAUAUUCCAUGAUCUAGAUGGUUCAGUGACUGACUACAGAGAUACCUAUGUGGGCAGAAUGGAUAACUACUUGAUUCAACAUCCCAAAUGCAUUAAUAUUACAGAAUGGAAUGGAGUGGUUUGCAGUGGGACCUAUGCACAGGUUUAUGUCCAAACCUGGAAUGGACAGAAUCUUUCCAUGACUAUCAUACGAGAUGAGUACCCUGCCAAUCCCAUGCUUCUUCGAGGUAUUAAUCAGAGAGCUGUCUUUCAGCAAUACCAGCCAGUAGUGAUGCUCCAAAAGGGCUACACAAUACAUUGGAAUGGAAAAGCUCCAAAUGUCACCUAUCUUUAUCUCAUUAACUUCAACAAGAAUGACUGGAUUCGUGUUGGUCUUUGUUAUCAACCAAAUACAGAUUUUAAUAUAGUAUUGGAAACCUUUCAAAGGCGAUCAUCUGCUCUGUCAAGCAAGGUAGAGCGCUACAUGCCUGUAUCUUCAAUGAUGGAGCUUGAAAAGAAUCGAUCAGACAAGAAGUUUUACUUUGACAACAGUACUGGAUUACUGUUUUUAUUUCUCCAAGCCAAAUAUAAUAGGGAUGGUCACAGUUAUUGCUCAUCUCAGGGAUGUGAAAGGAUCAAGAUUGUGACCAAAGAUUCAACAAAAGGGAUCAGUAACUGCAUGGCAAAAGCUUACCCAAAGUACUACCAAGCACCAACCAUCAUAAAGCGAAUGCCAGUAAAAACUACUGUACCAUGUACAAAAUGCGGCACAACUCAGAUGGUAUUCACCAGUGAUCCUCACAAAAACUACCUCCUUGUGCAGAUUAAUUCAUCUGGUAAAAAAGAACUAAGCAGAGGUCAGGAAGCAUUUAUUUCUGUCAAUGACGCUAUGUUUCCCUUUAAGGAUAAUGGUAUAUGUAUUGUUGUAGUUGAUGCCUGCAUUGGCACAGUGUCGGGAAACAAAUUAUUUUCUGGAGUAGACAUUAAGCAUGUAGAUGGAUAUUUAAAAUCUGAGAUUCCACAAAGGUCUAUUGUUCUACUGAGUACAAGAGGUGAUGUAGCAAUUCCUAAUAAUUUAUCAGAAGCCUUAAUGUCCCUGGGGACAGCCAAACCGCCUUAUCUUCAGAGCAAUGGAAGCCUGGCCUUUCUGGGCUUCAGAGGAAACUUUAAGCCAUCCUGGAUUACACUGUUUACCGGUCCUGCUGGGCAUGGGCUCGUUCAGAUAGAAAAGUAUAUCCCUUUACAACUGGAAGAGUAUGGCUGUGCCAGAGCAAUCAAAAGCCGACGGAAAGACCUCGAGCUUCUGAAGAAGGCUACACAAUCUCAUUAA